AUUUCCAGUUCCGGUUCUUCUUGCAGUAGCCACAGAGUAGAGGGAGGAAAGAUGGCGGCAGCCGAGUCCGACGGAGAUCCACCGUCCGCUUCACGUUCGGAAUUCCUGAAUUUCUCCGCCAAAGACACCGCGUCGCGGUGGCUGGCAGCAGCCGACCUGCAGCAGGAGGUGUACCGUCACCUGGCAGUGUAUGUACCCAGAAUCCUUUGUCUGGGUCCGAGUGGGGGCAGCGGCAGCAGGGAGGAGCAGAGGGAGGAGCAGAGGGAGGAGCUGGCCUGUCAGCUGCUCCUCCUGGCUCCUAUGGAGUGGCUCCUGCUGGGGGAGGAGCCGGCGGCCGGCCUGGCUCAGCUGCAGGAGAACAACCAGCCGUCACCGCUGUGUGGACACGUGUUCAAGGUCGGGGAGCCCACCUACUCCUGCAGGGAGUGUGCGGCCGAUCCAACAUGUGUUCUGUGUAUGCAGUGUUUCCUAGGCAGUGUUCACAAAGAGCAUCGAUACAGGAUGACCACAUCAGGAGGUGGAGGUUUCUGUGACUGUGGAGAUGCUGAAGCCUGGAAGAAGGGUCCUUACUGCCAGAAACACACACCGACCGACAACAGCAGAGACACAGAGGAGGACCCCGUAGCUCAGCUCCCCGCUGACAUGGUGGCCCGUGGUUACAGCAUCUUCUCCAUAGUCCUGAAGUACGCUGUGGAUCUGCUGACCUGGGAUCAGGAGGAGCAGCUACCUGCAGGACUGGAGCCACUGGAGAGAGGAGACACCUACUACUGCAUGUUGUUUAAUGAUGAAGUCCACACCUAUGAACAGGUGAUCUACACUCUGCAGAAAGCUGUCAACUGCAGCCAGAAAGAAGCUGUCAGCUUCGCCACCACUGUCGACAGAGACGGCAGGAAGUCAGUUCGAUACGGAGAUUUCCAGUUCUGUGAUCAGGCCAAGUCAGUGAUAGUGAGGAACACCAGCCGUCAGUCGAAGCCUCUCCGGGUUCAAGUGAUGCACUCGUCUGUUGUAGCUCAUCAGUGUUUCGCUCUGAAGGCUCUGAGUUGGUUGGGACAAAUCAUUCAGUACUCUGAUGGACUUAGGAGGAUCCUGUGUCAGGUGGGACUCCAGAAAGGUGCAGAGGGAGAAAACUCCUCUCUGGUCGACCGACUGAUGCUCAACGACUCCAAGAUGUGGAAAGGAGCGAGGAACAUCUACCACCAGCUGCUGAUGAACAGUCUCCUCAUGGACCUCAAGUACAAGAAGAUCUUUGCCAUCCAGUUUGCCAAGAGUUAUGAACGAUUGCAGAGCGACUACGUGAAAGACGACCACGACCGUGAGUUCUCCAUCACUGACCUGUCAGUACAAAUAUUCACCGUCCCGUCGCUGGCCCGGAUGCUGAUGGUGGAGGAGAACUUGAUGACCACCAUCAUCAGGACGUUUGUGGAUCACCUUCGUCAUAGAGACCUGCAGGGACGCUUCCAGUUUGACCGCUACACCGCCCAGCAGGCCUUCAAGUUCGGACGAGUCCAGAGCCUCAUUGGCGACCUGAAGUACGUCCUGAUCAGUCGUCCCUCUGAGUGGAGCGAUCAGCUCAGGAUGAAGUUUCUAGAAGGUUUGGACGCGUUUCUGGAGCUGCUCAAGUGUAUGCAGGGUAUGGACCCGGUGGUGAGACAGGUGGGGCAGCACAUAGAGAUGGAGCCUGAGUGGGAGGCAGCGUUCACUCUGCAGAUGAAACUGACUCACAUCAUCUCCAUGAUCCAGGAGUGGUGCUCUGCUGAUGAGUGUGUGUUGAUCGAGGCUUACAGGAAGUGUCUGGGCGCGCUCAGUCACUGUUACAGUGGCCUCCCAGACGGUGAGCAGCCAAUCAGUUUGAGCCUGGCCGGUCACAGCGUGGAGACGUUCAGGUACCAGGUGUCUCAGGACAAGGUGUCCAUACACCUGCCGGUCUGCAGGCUGCUGGCAGGGCUCCAUGUUCUCCUCAGCAGGACUGAAGUGGCCUCUCGUUUCCCUGAGCAGCUUCCUCUGGGUGAACUCAGCCCCCCCCUCCUGAUCGAACUCCCCCUCCGCUGCCUGGUGCUCUGUGCACAGGUGCAUGCCGGGAUGUGGAGGAGGAACGGCUUUUCCCUGAUCAACCAGAUUUAUUAUUACCACAAUGUGAAGUGCAGAGUGGAGAUGUUCGACAAAGACAUCAUCAUGCUGCAGGCGGGGGCAUCCAUGAUGGAUCCAAACCACUUCCUGAUGAUUGUUCUGAGUCGAUUCGAACUGUUUCACAUUUUCAGCUCUGCAGACGUCAGGAAGAGAUACAGAGAGGCCAACAAGGAUGUGGUCCAGCAGAACAACACUCUGAUUGAAGAGAUGCUUCACCUCAUCAUCAUGGUCGUUGGUGAGCGGUACGUGGCAGGUGUCGGACAGGUGGAGCCGUUUGACGAAGUCAGAAGAGAAAUUAUCCACCAGCUGUCGAUCAGACCAAUGGCUCACAGUGAGCUCGUGAAGGCUCUACCUGAGAAUGGGAAUAAGGAGACAGGUCUGGAGAGAGUCAUCGACACCGUGGCUUCAUUCAAGAAGCCAGGUGUGACAGGUCGGGGUUUGUAUGAACUGCGUCCUGAGUGGAACAAAUACUUCAACCUGUACUUCCAUCACUACAGCAGAGCUGACCAGUCCAAGGCUGAGGAGGCUCAGAGGAAGCUGAGGAGACAGAACGGAGAGGACACAGCCCUGCCCCCCCCCCUCCUUCCCCCCCUCUGUCCUCUGUUUGCCAGCCUGGUGAACCUGCUGCAGUGUGACGUGCUGCUGGCUGUAGAGGGGGCUGUGCUACAGUGGGCUGUGGAGCCCAGUGGAGGGGGCUGGACCGAGUCCAUGCUGCAGAGGGUGCUCCACCUGGUGGGCAUGGCUCUGCUGGAGGAGCAGCAGCAGCUAGAGAACAGCAGUGGAGAUGAUGACGUCACCUUCAACUACACCUGCAAGAUCACACGUCCAGGUGAAGCUCCCAGUACCUCAGGAAGUGUCCUGGCCUUGUUGGAGAGUCUGCAGAAUGCUCCUCACCUGGAGGUCCACAAAGACAUGAUCACCUGGAUCCUCAAGAUGGUGACAAACAUCAAAACGAUGAGAGAACGAACGUCGUCCACGUCCACCAUCACCAUCAGCCCAGGACAAGGACCAGAGGAGACGGUGAGAGAUAAAGACAAGGCAGAGAGGAAGAGGAAGGCGGAAAUGGCUCGACUCCGUAGAGAGAAGAUCAUGGCUCAGAUGUCGGAGAUGCAGAAACAUUUCAUCAACGAGAACAAAGAACUAUUUCAGCAGAGUCUGGAGGAGCUGGAGGCCUCAACAUCUGCCACUGCAGAGAACAGUCCUUCCAGUUCGGUGCCCACCUGUGUUUCUCAGGUGUGUGUUGGGCCCAGGAGGGUGGGCAGAGCUGAGCGUCGUCAGCUUGUGACUUGUAUCCUGUGUCAGGAAGAGCAGGAGGUCAGAGGUCACGGCAGAGCCAUGGUGCUGGCAGCAUUUGUCCAGAGGUCGACCGUUUUGUCCAAAAACCGGCGUCGCAACCUGCCUGACCCAGAGCGGCAUGACCCUCUGUUCAUGCACCCUGACCUGUCUCUGGGGAUCCAUACAGCCAGCUGUGGACACAUCAUGCACGCCACCUGCUGGCAGAGGUACUUUGAGGCGGUGCAGCUGAAGGAGCAGCGGCGUCAGCAGCGUCUCCGAGGUCACACCAGCUACGACGUAGAGAACGGAGAGUUUCUGUGUCCGCUCUGUGAGUGUCUGAGCAACACUGUGAUCCCUCUGCUGCCGCACACACCUUCACCUGACCACAGUGUCAAUCAUUCCUGUCUGGAGGAGUGGCUUGAGACAACCAAUCAGCAGAUAGCAUUGCUACACUCUGCCAACAAGAAGCAGUCUGAUGGUGCAGCAGGGGGGGCGGAGCCUGUCGUUCCUGAAGGAUUCAGAGUGGAUUUCACUCCACAGAACCCGUUCUCUAGCAGCAUCAGUGAGAUGAUCACCACCUUCAGCAUGUCCACCUACAAGGUCGGACUGAAGGUGAAUCCUAAUGAGCAGGACCACCGAGUCCCGGUGCUGAGCUGGUCCACCUGCGCCUACACCAUCCAGAGCAUAGAGCGCUUCCUGAUGGACGAGGAGAAGCCACUGUUUGGAAGUUUACCUUGCCGACAGGACGACUGUCUGAGCUCCCUCACCAGAUUCAGUUCAGCCUGUUGGACAGCAGCUCCACUGAAAACAGUUCACACACACUUCUUCAGACUGUUUGCAGCUCUGGUUCCAGACUCGCAGGUGGAAAACACUCCGUGUAUCCUCGACAUCGACAUGUUUCACCUGCUGGUUUACAGUGUGUUGUCCUACAGCUCGGUUCACAGUCUGCACCAAUCAGGAAGCAGCAUGGUUGACUCAGCCCACCUCCACCUCCUUCACCUGGUCACUGUAGCUCACCUGGUUCAGAUUCUGCUCACCUCCACCACAGAGGAGGUGUGUAUGGAUCAAGACAGUGGAGGAUCAGAGGAGGAGGAGCUCACCUGUCAGCUCUAUGACACACUGAGGAAACACCUGGGCGGUGUGUUACCUGAAGUGUCCUCUGGGUGGCAGUUGUGGCGUUGUGUGAAAGCCGGUGUCCUGCCAUUCCUCCGAGCAGCCACCCUCUUCUUCCACUACCUGAACUCUACAGCGCCGCCUGCUGACCUGCUGGUUGCAGGUCCUGGUCAGUGGGAGGCGCUGUGCAGCUACCUCAGUCUGCCCUCCAACCUGUUGCAGCUUCAUCAGAGCCAACACACACAGCUUGAGCCGCUCAUACACAGGUGGUGUCGUCAUCCAGGUGUGACACAGACGCUGCAGGGGGGUGGAGUCAUUGUCAGGUUCCCCAGAGAGUCGAACAGACUGAUCGAGCUGCCGGAGGAUUACAGUGUCCUGAUCAACCAGGCGUCGAGCUUCACGUGUCCACGGUCAGGUGGAGACAAGUCUCGUGCUCCAACUCUGUGCCUGGUGUGUGGCUCCAUGUUGUGUUCUCAGAGUUACUGCUGUCAGACUGAGGUGGACGGAGAGGACGUCGGUGCCUGCACCGCCCACACCUUCACCUGUGGAGCCGGCCUCGGACUCUUCCUCAGGGUCAGAGAGAGUCAGGUGUUGUUUGUCGCAGGUAAGACAAAGGGCUGUUUCUAUCCUCCUCCUUAUCUGGACGACUAUGGAGAAACUGACCAGGGACUGAAGCGGGGGAACCCCCUCCACCUGUGUUCAGAGCGUUACAGGAAGAUUGAGCGUCUGUGGCGGCAGCACGGCAUCGCUGAAGUCAUAGGUCACGCUCAGGAGGCCAAUCAGACACUGGUUGCCAUCGACUGGCAGCACCUGUGAUGUUUGGCUCGGCCCUGCCCUCGCGCUCCGAAAGAUGGCCAGCAUUUGGCUCUUGGCAUUUACCCCGCCCCCUUUUCAAUAACGAACCAAUCAGCUUCCUGCAACCUAGUGCUGAGCUCAGAUCAGCUUUCAGGGAUUUUUUUUUUUUCAGGAUGUUUGGUUUCUGUCUGACCUCUGACCUCUCCAGGUGUUAGUCCACCAAUCAGAGAGAGGAGAAACACUGACUCCAGGAGAGUUUAGAUGUUUUAGUUCCUUACUAACUUGUUAACAGAGAGCCCUGCCCCUUUGCUGCUGCUGUUGAUUGACAGGCGGUUUCAGAUAAACCCGAAAAUCAGUUUGACCAUUGACCUGAUGUAAACCUCACCUCAGGUCAUGGAUUCUCACUGCACGAUAGGAAAACAUCACCUGUUUUCUGAGGCUCAUGGGUAAUGUAGUGUCAGAACAUAAACCUGUAGGAACAGUCCAGGUGAGUCACACCUGAGGCCCCGUCACUCUGCAACACAUUCAGAGCUGCAGCAAAGAUCAAUCAAUCAGUCAAUACACAAAAUUAAUCAGCACCAAUUCUGAUAAGCAAUCACUCGACUCAUAACAUUGUGAAGUUCUUUCUCCAAAUUCUCGCAUUCACACGACAUUUUAUGUUUGUGGUGUUUUCCCUCGUCAGGUUUCAGUUUCGUCUCAUGACAUUCACAUUAACACCUGGAACCUGGAAACCACCUGGAAAUGACAACCUGACCCCAGGCGUUUCCACAUAAACAACAAAUCAGUUUUAUUCUGAAAGGAUUCAAAUAAACAGGAAGUUAAAAAACACUGACAAGAGCCACAUCAAUUGAUUAUUUCUUUAUUGAUUAAUCUUCUGAUUAUUUUCUAUUAAUUGAUUGGUCUUUAAAACAAUGUAAGAUAAUCAAUCACAAAAUGACUUCAGUGAUAAAUUGAUUAUUAAAAUAGCUGAUGAUUGAUCUGAUGAUUGAUCUGAUUGGAUCAAUUGAUCCAAUACAAUGAGUCAGAUCAGAUUCACAUGUGAAUAUUUGGCCUCAAUUUUUAAAACAACUGCUGAUUAGCUUUAUCAGGUGAUUGAUUGAUUGAUUAACCGAUGCAGCUUUAGUUAGAAUUUAAUCUCCUGGAUUUUUCAGUCUCCAUGAUGACAGAUUCCCUGAGUUCAGUUUUAGUAAAAACAGAAACAUUAAUGAUCAUAGAAACGUUAGAGUCGGAGCUUCAGCCAAGUAUUGAUCAGUUACAACAUAUCAAACCACAUAUCAGAGCUGCAUAUUGAUUAGGAAUGAACGACUGAUCCCAGAUCAGUUUUUUACUUUAGUUUUGUUGUUUUAAGGUUUUAUUUAAAGAGACUUUGGGUGCGUGUGCUUCAUGUGUGUUUUUUAUGGCUUUGAGUUUGAGCUGAAACGUGAGGUGAAACAUUCAGAAACGUUUUGAUGAACAAACGUUGGAGAUGUUUACGUUUUUUUAUCACAGGUUUCCUGAAGGUGUCGACGGCUCAUCGCCUCCUCACUGCUUCAUUUAUCACUUCUGACUUGUUAAUAUGUGAAUUCUUGUAUAAAUGAGGAAAUGUACAAUAUUGUAUAAGAAUUACAAAAUCAAUAAAAACUUUAAAAGAA